GAGAGAGAGAGAGGCCAUUAAAAAAUUUAAAGAAAGGAGGAAACAUCAAUGUCUUCCACACUGCUUUCAUAUACAGACCAUUGCUGAAGCACCCAUUUCAUCUGCAUCUCCGUUUCUCUCUCCGUCUCUCCACUGCAAUGGAACUGGAGAACUCAUCCAUUCCCAUGGAGAAACCAGGCAAGAUCAUGAGAAGAUCGAUCCAUACUUUUCUUCAACAUUAUCAAUACUUCACCUCCACUCCUGCGCUACUUGUAUUCCCAUUCUCAGCCUCAGUUCUCCUCUCCCAAGCGCUCGUUCCCUCCACAUCAUCUCUCCUUCCGACCAUUCAUCGUCACUUGCUAUCGCUCUUCGAUGCGGCGGGGUUCCCUCCCAAUUCAGAAUUCUUCUCUCUCCUCAAUCUCAAACUCUCCCAAACAAUCUCUUCGUCCAUUUUCACUCUUCCAUUCACCCUCUCCUUCCACCUCUUAGCCAAAGCAACCAUAAUUCAAGCUCUGCACUACCACAAACCGACUUGCCCAUCUUCCUUCUCUUCCCUUAUUUCCACCUACAAUUCCCUCCUCCUCACCCUCAUUUGCAACUCAUUCUUAAUCCUAUCCGCCAACGCAACCGCCUUCUCUAUCCUUUUCCUUGCCUUCAAUUGUCUCGAAGAGUUUGGUACCUCUUCUCCCAAAUCCAUUUUCUUCCUCUCUGCUUCCGGAGCCGUUCUCUAUUCCAUCAUUCUUGCGAAUGCCCUCCUAGUGUGCAACUUAGCAUUGGUUUCGUCAGGGAUGGAUAAGUGUGGAGGAUAUCUGGCCAUCCUCAAGGCUUGUGUCAUGAUCAGGGGAAGGGCUUCAACAGCGCUAUCCCUCGCGCUGCCUACCAAUUUGGCACUGGCUGCAGCUGAAGCCUUGUUCCAAUACCGGGUCGUAAGGCCUUACCAUUUUGCCAAAAUGCCCAUUUCUUCCGCGGCCUUAGAGGGGGUUUUCAUUGCCUACUUGUACUCCAUCCUCAUUGUUCUUGAUACAGUUGUGGCUUGCAUAUUCUUCAAAAGCUGUAAGAUGGGUUCUGGGGUAGAUCAGGAGGGCAGAUACUCAUACAGGAUUGAAAUUGUCGAGGAGGACGGUCGCACUUUUGCGAACUUGAAGAAUUUGGAAGAAGAAAUAUGAAUUUGAUUGACCAGAAGCCGAAAGGAUCAACUCCUUUAUUAUGCAAGUGUUCAUAAAAAGGCCAUACAUUGAUCUUCAUACAAAUAAAAACAGGUGACAGAAAAUUUUCUCUUUAUGGUCAGAGGAAAAACCAAGCAGCUUCAACGGAGCAAACGUGCAAGUGGAGUAACCUCAAUGGUUCUUCGACGGAAUAUUGCUGGUGACAAAAAAAUUAUAAAAAAAAAAAAAGAAAAAGAAAAAACUUGCAGAGUAUAAACCAUGUUUAUCAUUUAAAUUCCUCAAUUCUUUCCUUGUAUUUUUUAUUAUUUUUUUUAAAAAAUUCCUUGUGAUGUAAAUUGGAAACUCCUACACAGUGUGAAUGAACUUGCAAAGGUUUUGUGAA